AUGGCUUCGAAGCGUAUCCUCAAGGAACUCAAGGAUUUGCAGAAGGAUCCCCCUACCUCAUGCAGCGCAGGUCCUGUUGCUGAGGAUAUGUUUCACUGGCAAGCAACAAUUAUGGGCCCUGCUGAUAGCCCUUAUUCAGGUGGUGUGUUUUUGGUUUCGAUUCAUUUUCCUCCGGAUUAUCCAUUCAAGCCACCAAAGGUUGCAUUUAGGACUAAGGUAUUCCACCCAAACAUCAACAGCAAUGGAAGCAUCUGUCUUGACAUUCUAAAAGAACAAUGGAGCCCAGCAUUGACCAUUUCUAAGGUCCUUUUGUCAAUUUGCUCGUUGCUGACGGAUCCAAAUCCCGACGACCCUUUGGUGCCUGAGAUUGCACAUAUGUACAAGACCGACAGGACCAAGUACGAAGCCACCGCACGUAGCUGGACACAGAAGUAUGCCAUGGGAUGA